GCUAGUUCUUGAGGAUGUUCAUUGCACCAAAAUAUAUGAACCAGUUGGAAAACCAAACCAAAGAAAGAGAAACCCCUCCCACUUCCACAAAUUGAAUCCCUGGACCAGCAUCUUCAUAUAUCUGCUCCUCCACCAGUCAAGUGUUUAGGUUGCAACCUCAAAGCAGAUCAGCAACUGAUGGGGGUAAGCAACAACAUAACUGCAGUGCUGAACUUCAUAGCUCUCAUGGCCUCAAUACCCAUCAUAGCCUCUGGUGUGUGGCUAGCCUCCAAGCCAGACAAUGAGUGCAUCCACACCUUCCGCUGGCACGUCCUCAUCCUCGGCAUUUUCAUUCUUCUCGGCUCCAUAACUAGCUUCAUCGGGGCUUACUGGAACAAACAGGGCCUCUUGGCCUUUUACCUUUGCUGCAUGGCCAUCCUCAUCGCCCUUCUCCUUUUUCUCCUUGUCUUUGCAUUCAUCGUUACUCGACCCGAUGGAAGCUAUGCUGUUCCCGGUAGAGGCUACAGGGAGUCCAGGAUCGAUGGAUUCUCUGCCUGGCUCAGGAACCAUGUCACGGAUUCUCGGAGCUGGAACAGAAUAAGGAUGUGUUUGGCUGAUUCUGAUGUCUGCAUUAAGCUCACCCAGGAUUACAUCACUGCUGAUCAAUUCUUCAACUCUCAUAUCACUCCUUUACAGUCAGGGUGUUGUAAACCUCCAACUGCUUGUGGGUACAAUUAUGUGAACCCAAUACUUUGGAUAAGCCCUGUGAAUCCUAUGGCAGACCCAGAUUGCUACUUAUGGAACAAUGACCAGAACCAGCUCUGCUACAACUGCAAUGCAUGCAAGGCAGGUCUACUUGGGAAGCUCAGAAAAGAGUGGAGGAAAGCCAAUAUCAUCUUGGUUGUGGCUGUGGUGGUUCUUAUCUGGGUCUAUCUCAUUGCCUGUAGUGCCUACAAAAAUGCUAAAACAGAAGACCUCUUCCGCCGCUACAAACGGGGUUGGGUUUGAUCCAUUUUC